AUGGCAAAAGCAAGACGUUUACCUAUAUUGAAAUAUAUAUCUACCUUGUUAAAUCCAAUUCCACAAUAUAUGGGUCAAAUGCCAUCUAGUGAUUAUUGUGAUAUGAUUAUACAGGCAUGGGCAUCUGCUAUACCAAAUAUGAUGGCUCUUGAAAAUGCAAAUGUUGGAGAUUUUGAUGAUGCUGUCAAAGUCAAAAUUAUAAAAAGUAAAAUGGCAGGAAAAUAUGCACCAGUACUACCUCAAAAUAAUUUUGUAAAUCCAGCAGUUAAUAUUGAUAGUCCAGAUAUUUUAAGAGCAUGGUUAAAUGCAAAAUAUCAACGAGAAACAGUUGGAACUAGCCAAUCAGCUAUUUUAAGAUUAUCUCAAGAAAGAUUUCAACCUUUUGAUAAUCCCAAUACCUAUGAAACCCGAAUUCGUCCACUAUUAUUAGGUGUAGCAGAUGAUGAUGCACGAGUAUUAGGAACUCUUAAAACUUAUUUAUCAGGUGAUCGAGAACUUUAUAGUUGGAUGAGAAAUGAAAAUAUAGCAGAUAUUAAUGAAUUUUUUAUUUUAUUAAAAAAUCUAUGGCUUGAAUGUUCUAGUUUAUAUGUAGAUCAAAACUCUGAUCAAGUACAACCAAAGAAAAAAUCAUUAGCAAAGCAGAAUGACAGUAUUAUAUCACAAUCUAUAGUUUUACAACCAGUAUUUUCCUCAUAUGAUGAAAUGCAAAAAUUGUUUCAAGCUAUGUUAGAAAAACAGAAGACUGAAUCCAAGGCCGAGAUUGAAAAAUUGAAAACUGAAUUCGAAUCAAAAAUGAGUCAGCAAUCCAAAAAAUCUUGCUCUCCAGUUCUACCCAAAGAUCAUGAACAAAUACAUGAAUUUUAUACAGAUCAGAGAGAUCCUAAAUGGUCAAAUCUUUCUAGAGAGGAAGCACUACAAUGGUUAGAUAAAGCUUUUUCUCCACUCAUAGCAAGUAAACCAGAACGAUUAUGUUCAUCAAAUCAAAAUGCCAGAAUAGAUAGAAUAGAGUCGAAAGUAGAUGAAAUCAGUCAAAUGACAUCUCAAUUCGGAAGGAUAAUGCUUGAUAACAAAAAACCCAUAGCUAAAUCAAAUUCAACAUAUCGAUAUUUUCCUCCUCUAAUACCUUCCCAAUUCCAAUAUGCAUCUCCUGAUUCAGAUGAUAAUGAGGAUGAAAAAGGUGGAUAUAAUGAGGAAGAGAAUAAAUAG